AUGCCCAUAGCCCACCCUGGAAUAAUUGCCGGUGAUUUUAACAGCCAYCRCCAAUUUUGGGGCUAUGAUAAYAAUGACAAUAAUGGAGAUACUCUCAAUGAAUGGGCUGAACGAGAAAAUAUAGAACUUGUAUUCGAUGCAAAAGACAAARGUACAUUUAGAUCAGGGAGAUGGCAACGAGACUACAAUCCGGACCUAUGCUUCAUAACAAAAGAYCAUAAAGGCCAUACCAUACCAAUUAGUAKAGAAGUCUAUAAUGAUUUYCCUCACAGCCAACAYCGGCCUGUAGUUGUGAAUAUCGGUAUACAGAUCYCAGUUGUGAAAUCACUCCCGAAACCCAGAUGGAAUUUUAAUAAAGCCAACUGGAACGGAUUUAGUAAGCAGCUUGACGACUGUAUCAGAUGGAUAAGUCUAGAAGCCAAAAACUACAACCGUUUUACAGGCCUUCUGACUGGGAUAGCUAAGAAACAUAUACCCAGAUGA